AUUUAUUUUUGUCAAUUGUCAUUAUUUAAAGAUUAAAGUUAGGUUAUGUUGUGAAGGAAUACUUUCGUAGUUUUAUUAAUGAAAUAAAAAUGUUAUCUAAAAAUUUACUACUCAAACGUCCAAGUCCGUUUAUUGCACAAAUAGCGGAGUAUCACAGGAAACCGAGAUGGCUGCCUGUAGCAAAAAGCAAAAUAUAUCGUAUACCCAAACGACCAGAAAUAUCCGAGGAAGAGCGAUUGGAACUUCUGCGAAUUAAUAACAAUUACAAAACUCAGAUGCGUGCGAUACGUCGUUUUUAUCACGAGGAAAUGAUAAAAGAGAAAUCAUCUCUUGAGAGCGCCGAUUCUGAAAUGUCUCAAAAGUUGGAAGCUGACGAGUGGGAAAAAUGUGUCAAACUAAAUGAACAGUGGAAUAUGCAAGUAGCUGCUGAGAGAGAAGAAAGGAGAAAGAUUGAGUUAGCAGCGAUGGAGGAGUACGCGCUCAAGAGGAUGGAAGCCAAGGACAUGGAAUUACAGGAGAGAAUCUUGAGAGCGUCUGAGGAAAUUAAACGAGAAAAGGAAUUAAGUUCAACAUUUAUAACACCAGAUAAGCUAGAAGCAGCUAUAGAACAUGCUUUAGCAAACCCAGUGGAUUACAACUUUGCAAUUGAUUUGAAAGGCAAUGUCAUUUUAGGGCGAGACACACAAGUACCAAAGCCUGAAAAAAUUCAAGCUAAAGCUUAAUAUUGUGUAGUGUUAUUUAUUAGUUUAAAUAUAAAUAUAUAAUUUA